UUUUUCCAUUAUCUGGGGAAGAAAUGGAAAAUUUCCUUUCCUCCUUCCUCGUUCCUCGUGACUACUAUAAAUACAUCUGCUCGCUCACUCAGUCACUACUUGCCUACGCUUCGAAAUACGACAGAACCCAGAGAGAAAAACGACACAAGUGAAGAUGAUCCGGGAGAUUUGGAGGUAUAACCAGGCGGAAGAGAUGGCAUUGAUCGCCGACUGUUUAUCCUCUUGUCCAUUCAUCGCGAUCGAUACGGAGUUUCCCGGCUGUCUCCGGAACACGCCCUUGACUUCUUCCGAGUGCGAACGAUACUCCGACAUGAAGUUCAACGUCGAUCGCACCAAACUCAUCCAGUUCGGAUUCACCCUCUUCGAUUCCGACUGCAGGAUCGGCGGUACGUGGGAAGUCAACUUCUCUGGCUUCAGUGAAACCGAGGAUGCCAGGAACGAGGACUCGAUCUCUUUUUUGCGGAAGAACGGUCUCGAUUUCGAACAGAUCCGAGAGGACGGUGUUUGCGUUCACGGGUUCUUCCGUGAGUUCAUUCGGAUGAUCAGAUUUCAAGAGCAGCUGUUAUGGAUCACCUUCCACGGGUCUUACGACAUCGCCUACCUCAGCAAGAUGAUGACCCGAUCGCCCCUACCCUGCACGUCAGAGGGAUUCACAGACGUGGUGGGGAAGACGCUUGGCAGAGUGUACGACAUGAAAGCCAUGGCAUCGAGGAUCAGAGGGCUCAACCAGCGGUUCGGACUGGAGAAACUGGCGGACGAACUCGGAGUGAGCCGUCAAGGAUCCGCACAUCAUGCAGGAUCGGACAGCCUAUUGACGGCCCAGGCUUUCGUUCGGAUGGCUGCGAGGUGCAAAGACCUCUGCGAGUACGAAGGAUUCAUCUAUGGGAUGGGCUCUCGGGUCGUCUCGAAACGUCUUGUCCCGCAGGCCGAGUCGAUGCCUUCCUCGUACACUAGAUGUUUCGACGAGCCACCGAGGAUGUACACCGCGGCGUUCUCCUCUUAUCGCGACGGUAACUUCGUCGUACCGGUGCCGCCGAUACACUAUGGUUUCUCGGGAUUCAUGUGAUAUAUGUGCCAGUCUGAUUUUGGUACCACUGGAUAAAUGUCGUUUUAGGUGUUUUUAUUUCACACGUUGGUUGCUCUUGUUGCGACUGUGAAUUCAUAAUAUGCCGGUUGUGUUCAUUUGUACGU